CCUCCCAGACUUGCACCGUGAACGCGCCUGUGGGUGAGAGUGUGGACGUGGGGACUGGACUGGUCCUGUGUGACUGACUGUGUCAGUGAAAAUGGUCGACAAAGGUCUGUCAGACGAUGCUGCGGCUGCAGCUUGUAAAGAUGGAGAUCCAAUGACUAAGGAUUUUACGAUGCAGCAGACUAUGUUGAGGGUUAAAGAUCCAGUGAAAUCCCUGGAUUUCUACACCAGAAUCCUCGGCAUGACGCUGCUGCAGAAGUUUGACUUCCCUUCCAUGCAUUUCUCUCUCUUCUUCUUGGGCUUUGAGGACAAAUACGAUAUUCCUACAGACGUGGAGGAUAAGACGUCGUGGACCUUUUCCAGGAGAGCCACCAUCGAGCUGACACAUAACUGGGGCUCAGAGUCUGACGAGCAUCAGUCUUAUCACCAUGGAAACUGUGACCCACAAGGCUUUGGACAUAUUGGAAUCUCUGUUCCCGACGUCUCCGCCGCCUGUAAACUGUUCGAAGAGCAAGGAGUCACGUUUGUCAAGAAGCCAGACGACGGCGACGAUGUGAAAUGCAAAGUUAAAGGCCUGGCUUUUAUUCAGGACCCUGACGGCUACUGGAUCGAGAUUGUGAGUCAAGAGUUGACGCCGUGUUACCUGCUGCAGACCGAACAUGCCGGACAUGAUGUGGCUUCACUGGACGAGCACAACAUCGAGGUUUAGUGAUGAAUUUCUCAGCCUGUGCUGCAGAGCUGAGCAGAAUCAGUUGCACAAAGGCACUCCGUGUGUCUUUGCUGUGCUUUUAUUGCACGUUGAUGAGCAAAUCCCAACUACAGUGUAGCUGGUUAUGUGCCAUCAAUUUGUAUGUUUUCAAAAUAAAUAAAAAAGGUUACUGUUUGGUAAAUGUAAGCACCAUCAUUCAGAUGAUUUGUUGAUUGAUUUGUUUAGAAACACCAUAAAAAUAAUAGGUAUUUUUGAUCAA